AUGACUUUGAUCCGUAAUAUAUUUUCUUUUAGUAUUAUUCAAAUGUCUCAUAUUCAGGUAUCGAAGCGCAAAAGAAGGAGCACGACGAGGGAUGUUGAAAUGGAGGAAUGUGGUAGCGCAGGGGCAACAGAGGAACUUGGGAACAGUGAAGAAGCCUCCCCACGACGAACUAAAAGGUCAAAAGGAGAGAAGGGUGAAAUGCGUAAGAUUCCUGUACCGAAGCAUCGUUACACUCCGCUGAAAGAUAACUGGGUCAACAUAUUCACACCGAUUGUCAAGAAUUUAGGACUGCAAAUAAGGUUCAAUAUGAAAACGAGAAACGUCGAAAUAAGAAAUCCCGAGAAUAAAGAAGAUACUACGGAUCUACAGAAGGCAGCUGAUUUUGUACGUGCUUUUGUGCUAGGAUUCGAUGUUGCUGAUGCUUUAGCGCUGAUUCGACUUGAUCAUCUAUUCCUAGAGACAUUUGAGGUGGCUGAUGUGAAGUCAUCAUUGAAAGGCGAUAAUCUGAGUCGAGCCGUGGGCAGAAUAGCAGGGAAAGAUGGAAGAACGAAACUUGUUAUAGAAAACGUUACGAAAACCAGGAUAGUGCUGGCCGACACAAAAAUCCAUUUGUUAGGAGCGUUUCAAAAUCUGAAACUUGCACGAAAUGCCAUAUCCAGUCUUAUUUUGGGGGCGCCGCCAUCAAAAGUCUAUGGGAAUCUGCGUAAUUUGGCGUCCCGUUCCAGUGAACGGCUAUAA